CCAACUCAGAGAGUCUGUUGACAAUGAGCAAGCGUCGCAUCUCAGAAACUAUAUCACCAUCUCCUGAUCCAUCACCGGCAGUAUCCCCAGCAGCAGCAUCGGCACCAGCACCAGCACCUAAACGACGCCGAAUGCGACGACAACACCACAGACAGUAUUUAUCCGUCGACCCUCCAUCUCCGGAGGACUACUACCACCACCACGCAUCACCUACAACUACCACCCCGGUAGUAUCACCUACUAUCCCACCUGCACCCUCCUCCCCUCCACCACCACCGCCACCACAACCAUCCUCACCACUACCACCAAGAACAACCCCCCGAUAUCGACACAUCCUCCCCAAACCAGCACCACCACCACCACCCACCUCGACCCCCUCGUCCCAACCCCCAAAAGAUCAUCUAAAGAAGAGAGAGAGAAAGAGCAAGAGUAAACACCACCCCCACCUCGCCCCCAUCCUGCGCCACCUCCGCACACCCCUCCACCCACUCGUCUCCAGCACAACCGGUCACGAACACCCGGACUUCCCUCUCUCCCUACUGCAGUACAACCUCCUCACGUCGGAGCAACUCGACAGACUCGCUGUGCAUUUCCAUCAGGUGCAUCCGCCGGUCCGUGGCUCGUUCUGGUAUCCGGUGAGGAUUGUACCGUGGCUUAGAUGGGAUGAUAGUGAUGGUGGUAAGGGGGGGUAUGUGGGGGAUGGAGAGGUGGGGUUGGAGGUGAAGAGGAGGAGGUUUGGGAGGUUUAUUGGGUUGAGGGGGUGUGAGGGGGAUUAUCAUCAUUCUAGGGGGAGGAAAUUAGGGAGGAAAGGGAGGGGGAAAAGGGAGGAGGUUGAGGAGGGGGAGAUUAGAGAGGAAGAGGAAGAAGUUAUGGUGGAUGAGGAGGAAGAGGAAACGGCGGAGGAGAUGUUGGCAAGGAUGGAGAGGGAGUGGUUUGAGGCGAUGAUGAGGGCGAGGUAUGAGGGGGAGUAUGCGAUGAGGUGGAAGAUGGGGAGGGGGUGA